CUCUUCUAUUUUCACGCAAACCCCCACAUUUCUUGCCAGCCGACGACCACCUACCCACCGCGAGCAUACCACCGUCCGUUCCGGAUUCCCCUCCGCCGACGACGACCCCGACCGAAACCCUAAUCCUAGGGGGUAAACGAUGAGGCCCUCCGCGGCAGGGGUGGGCAGCGGCGUAGUGGGGAGGCGGAAGGCGGGGGCCGCCGCGGCGGCGGCCAGCCGGGAGUGGAUGGUGGUGCCGGCUUCGGGGCCGGCGCGUGUGGAGGAGGCCGGGAAGCACGCGGUGAUGGAGCGGACGGGGCUGCCCGCGCGCGACCUGAGGGUGCUCGACCCGCUGCUGUCGUACCCGUCCACCAUCCUGGGCCGAGAGCGAGCCAUCGUCGUCAACCUGGAGCGCGUCAAGGCCGUGAUCACCGCCGCCGAGGUGCUGCUGCCAAACUCAAAGGACCCCGCCUUUGCGCGCUUCGUCCGCGACCUCCAGGCCCGCGUCCUCGCGUCCUCCUCGGACCAGGUGGCUGCAGAGCUCACUGAUAUGGAGGGCGAAUCAUCUGUGGUUGCUUCACCAUUUCCUGUUCCUAAUUCACCCAAAGGACAUGAAUUGGAGAUGACUAAGAAGACUGCUAAUGUGGUGGGCGAAAUGACUAGCAGCAGCAGUAUGCCAGCAUUGACUGCUGCGAAAGAUGGAAAUACUAAGGUUUUACCUUUCGAAUUCCGAGCCCUUGAAGUGUGCCUUGAGUCAGCCUGCAGAUGUCUGGAAGAGGAAACUUCGACUCUGGAGCAAGAGGCAUAUCCAGCAUUAGAUGAGCUGACAUCGAAGAUCAGCACAUUAAACCUUGAGCGAGUUAGGCAAAUCAAGAGCCGCCUGGUGGCUAUAUCUGGCCGUGUACAGAAGGUGAGGGAUGAGCUUGAGCAUUUAUUGGAUGAUGAAAUGGAUAUGGCUGAAAUGUACUUGACUGAGAAGCUUACUCAACAAGAAAUCAGUGAGACUUCAUCUAGAGUUGAGGUCGAUGAUCCAUCUCAAAUGGAGGAUAGGGAUGAAGAUUAUAGAAGUGAGGCAGAUGGAAGCAAUGGUAGCUUUAUUGCUUAUAAGCCUAACAUUGAAGAACUGGAAAUGCUUUUAGAGGCUUACUUUGUGCAAAUUGAUGGCACACUUAAUAAGCUAUCACAUCUGAGGGAGUAUGUUGACGAUACAGAAGAUUAUAUCAAUAUAAUGCUGGACGACAAGCAGAAUCAGCUUCUACAGAUGGGGGUUAUGCUCUCGACUGCAACUGUCGUCAUUACUGCUGGAGUGGCUGUAGUUGGUAUUUUUGGGAUGAAUAUUGGCAUAUCACUUUACAAUCCCGCAACUGAGGAGGAGACUCGAGCGGCAAAUAUAAAAUUUUGGGAAACUACUUUCGGGACCAUUGCUGGCUGCAUGAUUAUGUACAUAAUAGCCAUGGGUUGGGGGAAGAGAAGUGGAUUACUGCAAUGAUGGCACAUCUCACCUGAACCCAAAGAUUACUGGAUUGACAAAGUUAUCCAAAAGAGAGUUUCGGCAUGCAGGUCGGUCAUAUUGCUGCCUGAAAAUAUAUCCAUUACUUGAUUAGUUCGCCUAUGCUAGCAACAUAAAAAGGUUACGAUUUUUUAUGUAUUCCUUGUAAACUGGUAAUGGUAGUGAAAGAAUACUGCUGUACCAUUUGUUGCCAGAGAGCUCUCAUGGCAACCCAGUCAUUUGUGUUGCACCAUCUUUACCACAUUAGGUGUGCGCACCUCUUUACCGAACUAGGUGCAGUUCCUGCACUUGCUACUGUAUGUAUCUUGCUACCUGUAACUUGUUGUAAAUGAAGUAUAGCGUAAAGAAAAUGCUACAGGUCUGUCUUGUCUGACGGAAAAACUUA